GCAGUCGGGGACAACCCAGUCCCGCUCGGUCCUCCUCACCCAGCACCCUUGUGCUCCCCGGGUCCGCGCCGUCCGUCAGUCCACCAGGUCCUCACUGCUCCUUGCUGGCCGGCCCGCCCCCCCACCGCAGCCAUGGACGCCAUCAAGAAGAAGAUGCAGAUGCUGAAACUGGACAAGGAGAACGCCAUCGACCGCGCCGAGCAGGCCGAGGCCGACAAGAAGCAAGCCGAAGACCGCUGCAAGCAGCUGGAGGAGGAGCAGCAAGCCCUCCAGAAGAAGCUGAAAGGGACUGAGGACGAGGUGGAGAAGUACUCCGAGUCGGUGAAGGACGCCCAGGAGAAGCUCGAGCAGGCUGAGAAGAAGGCCACGGACGCUGAAGCAGAUGUGGCCUCUCUGAACCGCCGCAUCCAGCUGGUAGAGGAAGAGCUGGACCGGGCACAAGAGCGCCUGGCCACUGCCCUCCAGAAGCUGGAGGAGGCUGAGAAGGCAGCCGACGAGAGCGAGAGAGGGAUGAAAGUCAUCGAGAACAGGGCCAUGAAGGAUGAGGAGAAGAUGGAACUGCAGGAGAUGCAGCUGAAGGAGGCCAAACACAUCGCCGAGGACUCGGACCGCAAAUAUGAGGAGGUGGCCAGGAAGCUGGUGAUCCUGGAAGGAGAGCUGGAGCGCUCAGAAGAGAGAGCUGAGGUGGCCGAGAGUAAAUGUGGGGACCUAGAGGAGGAGCUGAAAAUUGUUACCAACAACUUGAAAUCCCUGGAAGCCCAAGCCGACAAGUACUCCACCAAAGAGGACAAGUAUGAAGAGGAGAUCAAGCUGCUGGAGGAGAAGCUGAAGGAAGCUGAGACCCGGGCAGAGUUUGCAGAGAGGUCUGUGGCAAAGCUGGAGAAAACCAUCGAUGACCUGGAAGAUGAAGUCUAUGCACAGAAGAUGAAGUACAAGGCCAUCAGUGAGGAGCUGGACAACGCACUCAACGACAUCACCUCCCUCUGAGCCCACCCAGUGUGGCUGCCUCGGCCCCCCUUUCCCCCUUCUUUCCAUUCUCUUGGGGGAGGGGAGGCAGGCAGAAGGAGCAUAGUUUUGCCAAGAUGGCACAAUCAGGCUGGGAGCAGCCUGUGGAGUAACCCCACAUAUCCCGACCCCACGUACCCUGGCACUGGCUUCAUCCUACCUUCUCUCUGCUGCCCCUGCACCUGCUGGCCUCCACCUCUUCUGCUGCUUUAAUAAACUCUGAACUUGGUCUCCA